CACUACCUUUCCUUGUUACAGCAAACAACGACAAUUCGUGUUUGGAUGCCGAGAUCAGCCAAAGGAUCGAGCGGGGUGGCGCGAUGCGAGUGAUGCGCCACCGGCGACCGUAGAUCCAGAGUUUUUCCAGAAACCGGGAAAUCCAUCGGAACGACACAGACCGGUGGGAAUCCGCGGAGUCGGGGGAGGAAACCGCGCCGAUGCCUGCGGGAAGCACCGGCCACCGCCUCCUCCGGAGACUCCCCUCCGUGGACCGCAGAGCACGAGCACGAGCACGAGCAUUCCCCCGCUUCCGGUCGGCCCCUCCACCCACUCGCCCGCCGCCCWUSCUUGYGGCUUGUUCCCACCGCUCCAGMAAACCGCAAACGAGGUUCUUCCCGGAAUCGAUCGGGGCAUCCCCUCUGGCAGGAAUCGGCACCUUCCAMAGGCAAAUUGCGACGGCGAUCCCCACACGGCCGGCCCCCCCGAACAGAAACGAUCCCGCCGAAGGACUGAGGCAGAAAACGAGGGAGUGGCUGGAAACCCCCGUGGGYUCGUGGUCUCGGAAGGACGCCCUUAGGGGCGGCUUUCUCGUGAGGGAAUGGUCCGGCUCUGGCAGCCCCCGGGAACGCGCGAUCCAGCAGACGGCAAUCCUUCGCCGAUGGGUGAGCGAGUAUCUCGCCGCAGCAGCCAGCAAGGGCAGCGGAGACCGGGGGUUCGUUCGUGGAGAAACGAAAAGGCCGACCGGGUACCACCACGGCAGUACCGAUUCGAAAGAAAUGGUCGAGAUUCUGAAUCGGUGCCUCGAUUCCUGGAGAAAGGCGAGCACGGCAGCGAGGCACAAGGGCGGUGCCCCCGAGGGAACCGGUCCGAGUCCCCCGCUCGAAGCCAUGGAGCUGAUGGAUCUCUUCCACGACGCGAGCAGGGCACGGGGGGAUACCGGGUUGCGCCCGAGCCAAAAGACCUACUCGAUGUGCAUGAACGUCCUCUCCCUGCACCCGGAGUCCCCCUCGGCCUGCGAGAACCUCCUGGAGCUGCUGGAGCGGUGCCGGAACGACCCGGCGGCGGGGGCAGCGGACCUCCGRCUCUACAGCGCCUGCCUCCACGGACUGGCCAGGUGCGCGAAACACCACCCMKGGGCGCCCAGCCUGGUCGAGCGGGUCUUUCGGGAAAUGACCGGGACGGACGGUCUCGUCCCCGAAACGGCGUGCUUCGUGUCCCUGCUCCACGCCUGGGCCAACGCGGUUUCCGUUCCCGUUCCCGCCGGCACCGGAACCCGGGAUUGCGAGGAACAUGAAAAGACAAGCCCCGAGACGUCGCCGGCAGAGAGAGCCGAGGCCAUACUGGACCAAAUGAUUCGGAGUUAUCCGCACCUGGUAGAAACGAUCUGCUUCAACAUCUGCAUCGAUGCCUGGGGGAAGCAGGGGCAUCCCGAAAGGGCCGAAUCCGUGCUGUGGAAGCUGCACAACUACCACCGUGGCUACGAUAAGAACGAGAMCGGARRGAGCCAGCGGGAGGUGCGACCCAAUGCCGUUUCGUUCAAUUCCGCAAUCAAUGCGUGGGCCAAGAGCGGCAAGGUGAUUGGAGAGGGAAGUAGCUUCGAUCCACUGGAAGCCGCGAGCCGAGCCCAACACUUGCUGGACCAAAUGAAACUCCACGGAUACGAACCAACCCCAGAGACCUACGGAGCUGCCAUGGAAGCCUACACCCGCGUCCCCAACCCCGGCGCGAGAGUUCAGGGCUUGCUGGACGAACUCGAGGCGCUGCACCUCGAGGGCGAGCUCUCCUUUCCGCCCCCCAAGGUCUGUUACCUCAUGGCCGUCCGGGCCUGGGGCCGCACCGGGCCCGGGGGAGCGGAACGAGCGACGCUUCUGGUUCAAAAGAUGAGCGAGCUCUCCUCGGGGGGCGAAAGGAGCCGCUCCRAYCUGCGGCCCUGCGUCGUGGUCUACACGGCGCUGAUUUCCGCGUGGGCCGGGAGCGAUGCUGCGGAUGCCCCGGACCGGGCCCGAGAGGUCUUUUGCGAGAUGCACCGGAUGGCCAGGUCCGGCCGGAGGGAAGCGGCUCCCAACACCGUCAGCCUGAACGGUGUGCUGGAGGCCUUUUGCGGGCACGGGAGGAUCGACGAAGCACGGCGGUUCCUGGACCAAUGGAAGCGGCGCGUUCGACCGGAUCCGAGGUCCUGCACGAUCAUCCUGAAGGCCUACGCUAGAAGCAAGGCACCCCUUGCCGCCGAUCACGCCCUGSAAUUUGUGGGGCAAGUGGAAACCGACUACCGGCACGGGGAGGGCCCGGAGCCGACGGUGCAGAUGUACUCGCAGGUCUUGGUGGCCUUUGGCAACGACUGGAGGGGCGACGGGGCCUUUCGYGCGGAAGAGCUCUUUUGGAAGAUGCUCCGGCGGGAGGACGGCAUCGGCGUCCGGCCCGAUGCCACCACGCUCAACUGCGUCCUGCGCGCGUGGUCCAAGAGCUCCGAGGGGGGGAACGCCGAGAAGGCCGAGUCCCUCCUGCGGAGGCUUCGGAGCGAGYACCCUUGCGCGAUCCUUCCGGACCCUCUCUCGCACCUGCACCUUCUCCGCGCCUGGGCCCAUUGCCGCCGGAGGAUCGCCCCUUUCAAGGCGGAGGCCCACCUCGAGGAAGCCCGGAGGCUCUGCAGGGACAACCMRGGGUGGAAGCUCGCGCGGGCCCACUUCCGCGGCGCGAUCGCGGCGUGGGAGAAGAGCAGCGACCCGGAGGCCCCGAAGCGCAUCCGGCGGCUGCGCGAGGAGAUGGAAGGGAUCUGAACGAAACCCACCAACCCACCAACCAACCAACAAAUAACAAACCAACAC